CGGCAUGCUGAGCGCCGCGCCGGCCCUUUCUGUGGCGGCGCGAUGGCGGCCCCGUCCCCAGGUUCGGACAUGUUUGAUGAGAUCGUGAUGGCCGAUGACAGGUUUCACGGGGAGGGCUAUCAGGAGGGGUACGCCGAGGGCAGCCAGGCGGGGGCUGCUGAGGGGCGGAGGUACGGCGCCCUGCAUGGCGCCAAGAUCGGCUCUGAGAUUGGCAGCUACCUUGGAUUUGCACUGACCUGGCAGCAUCUGCUCCCAAAAUGUACAGAUGAAAAGAACAGUAAAAAAAUAAGGGCUCUGGAUUCAUUAAUAGGAAUGAUUCAGAAGUUCCCAUAUGGAGACCCCACUUACGAAAAGCUUCAAGAUGAUUUGGAAAAAAUCAGAGGAAAGUUUAAGCAGACUUUGGAAGUGACAUGACAGCAUUGCUGGUAUCUUCAUUUAGGGCAGCUGAAGUAUGGCUUUUGUUAUGCAACUUAGACCAGUGGGCAACGUGAACAAGCUCCAGUGUGUGAGCACCUGAGACAUUAGCAGAAAAGAAGAACAUACCAUAUAACCUCAAUAAAUAAAUAGACAUAUAACGGGUCAUUUACCAGAGAAAUGUAAUUUCAUUUUAUAUUCCCCUGAGAGAAAGCCAAAUUUGAAAAAGCUGUCUCAGGAUCCACAAAUUAACACAUUUUUUACAAAUCAUGUUAUUUUGCUUCAAAGCAAUGAAAGUGUGCUAAUAUUUAGCUGUGAUUGACUCAGUGUUUUUUUGCUGAAAACUAGAUACUGUAUUUUAAGUAAGUGUCCUCCUUCCCCCCAAGCUGAUCUGGUAUCAGAAAGGCAGUUUAUUGCUCUUCUGAAUGAUGUACAAUGAGAAGUAAACACUGGAUGUCUAAGUGUUCAACUUUGAACAUGUGAUCUUUUCUGGAAUCUUUGUACCUGGCUUGCAAAAAUGUGCAGAAAGACUGGGAAAGAGAUGUGAGAGCUCAAAGUAUCUGUGGUGCAUUUGAUGACUAGAAGUGCAUGCUAUGUAAGCGACGUGCUAAGUGCUUCUCUAGAGAUUGUAUUGAAUACAGAAUUCAUUUCGCUGUCUUGAGAAAAGGGAUCCUUGGAGAUCAGUCACUUAACACCUUAUUUUUAAAUCUCAUGGCUGUAUUUCUGCUAUUGCUUUACUAUCAUCUUCUAAUAAAAUCUGUGUUUUAAUAUAAAUUGCUAACAUAAAUAUGAAUGACUGUAGCAUCUCUGACUUCAAACUGGGGUAUGCCAGCUUUAGGUCUUAACUUAGCUACAGGUGUGUGCACAUCUGUAUUUUUCUGAUUAUCUUUUAUGUGGGCAUGAUAAUUUGUAUUAAAUGUGCUACAGUUAAUAGUUCUGCUGGAUAUGUAAUCAUACACUUCUUCAGUGCAAACUUUUAAAAAUAUCUUCUGUAACAGAGUUGUGGAUUAGGGUUUCUUGUGACCUUCAGGAUUUUAAUGCUAGUCUCCACAGCACAGAGGGGUUUUUUUUUAUGCCUUAGUGACAACUAAGGAGUUAAAGACCAGAUUACAUGAUGAAUAUCGUUUUGUCUUAAUCAGCGUGACUCCUUGCAAACAGUCUUGCAUUUUAAUUACUUGAAUUCAUCAGGAUGUGCUACUUAGUGACAUCAAAAGUGGCUAGGAGUACCUGGCUUUUUACAUGCUUCUACUUUCAGUUGCAUUUCUCAGAGGAGAAACCUAGGAAAUGAAGAACAUAAGAGUUAGCAAAAACCUGUGAAAGAUACAUCCUUAAGUCAACUACAGUGUUAUUAAAAAAAAAAAGUCAUUAAUAUUCGUGAUAAUUUUGAGCCAGGGUACUCAAAAGACCAAUUGGUUUCAUGAGACAUAGGGCAUAUGUUUUUCUCUUCUUUUGAUGCCUGUCUUGCAAACACCUUUCUUAAAUCUGUAAGAAAUUAAUGAAAAACUCUUAUGGAAGGUUUCAUUAGCAGCCUGGUUACUCAUCUUGUCAGGACCCUGGUGGAAGCAGGCUUUAAACUGUAAUUAAGGACUAUCAGAAGAUCUGUGUGUGGAUCUAAGAUGAUCUGAUGCUGAAUAAAGCAUCUGUGAAACAGUACUCAGACAUUUUCUGGUCUCAGCAACUGACUGCACAACUUCAGGAUUGCUUUAAGGUCUGGGAGGGAAGGAUGCAGAAAAAUGCAGUCCUGUAGACUACAAUAUCAGUUAUUAAUAAACUAGGACAGAGAUCACGGCUCUGCAGUCAUAGUGGUUUAAGUUUUCCUGGAGAUACUUGAUCUGAUAAAAACAAGUAGCAUGGAAGGUUUCUGCCAAAAAUACUGAAGUUACUAAGACUCACAGCAAUGCAUUUUAACAUGUUCUUAUUCACUACCCCUAGUUAUGCUCAGUAGUUAGGGAGGAACGCUUGAAAUAUUUAACUCUUAAUUUUCUGACUUGCUGGGGCUGUGUUCUGGCUUGUUUUGUUUCUUUGUGGACUUAACUCAAGGUGUUGAGCAUACAUCUUUCAUUUUAAGAGUGAAUGCAAAGCUAAUUACUGCUAGUGUAUUAAAGUCAUUUCAGUUGAGAAGACUUAUUUUCAUUUCUAAAUUAAAAGAGUACAAGAAACGGUGAGUUUUGAGGCAUCAACAAGGAAAGAUAAGCUCAUCUCUGACUACAGUGAAUUAAUUCCCUGCAGAAUUCCAUUCUGAUUUCAGUGUUGUCUUACAGCCAUGGGGUCAUUAGCUGCUAAUCCCAAAUCAGUCAUUACUAGUACACGUAAACUGACUUUGUCGGUUAUCUGUGACAUUGUACUACAUCAACACAGUAAGAGUUCUUUACUGAGACUGCAUUUCUAUACAGAUUUUCAAAAAGAACUUAGAGAAGGAGGACAAAAAAAAAACAGGAUAGCGUUCUACUCACAAAGAAGCAAAAUCACUCUGGUGGGUUCUUAGCAAUACUUGCAAGUACCCCAAUAGUCACGUACAAGAAGAAGAGCUGAAUUCAUCCAACUGAAUCUCUGGCUAUACAGCAGCCCUUCUCAAGAAGCAGCCGAGGCCCAAGAGAUGUUCUCCCUUUAGCAGCUGGCCCUUACUUGAGAUCAGAGGGGCUCCACCCUUGGUCCACACCUUCUGGUCAUGCGGGGAGCACAGGUGCCAACAAUUUGCCUGUGCCCCCUGGGCCAGCCACACCUCUUCACCAGGUGCUCAGUCACCAGUUCAAGCUGUGACUAACAGUUCUACAGAUGGAGAUUAAAACCUUCGAGUUAAAUUCAUUAUUAAAAUGCUUGUUCCACCUUCAUUAAACAAGUACAGUUCCAUUAGAUUUGCCAUGAACUGUCAUGUGAAUGGGAUCAAGUUCAGCUCUGAAGAAAUACCUGUAAUUAACAGAAAAUUGUGAAAUCAGGGAAAACAAACGUGCAUAUGCAGUUGUUCCCUCAGAAAGCAGUACAGGAGAAUCCUAUUAUGUUUUCCCAAAACAAGGUUACUGUAACUUGUAUUUGAAUUUGUAAGGAAAGCCUGACAUCCCAGUUUGGUUCUGUGACUUUUUGAUCUGAUUGCUAUUGAGGUAUAAAAUAGAAAAGCAGUAGUGUUUCCUAUCCUGUACAUAGAACCUGUGCAAUCUCAUUUUGCCAGCUUCCUGGAAAUGCACCAUUUAGAGGAAGAGUGAGUCAAGCACCCAUUUUGGUUUGUCCUUAGGGUUUCUAGAAAGGUAGCACACUUCUAUUGAUUAUUUUAGAGUAUGGAUUAGAAAUCUUGAGAUAGAAUUGUGAGCUUUAAUUUUUCGGUAGUUCAGUAUGAACGUGUAUGAACAAAUGCUUUGUUUUGGAAGACGUGGAAGAAUUUGAGCCCUUGGGUGUAUUCAUGAAAGUUUAUUUACACUUUGGCUGUAAAUAGUUUCUCUCAUUGAAACAAACCAAGAUCCCUCAUUCAGAAGUAUGCCUGCAUCUUCUUGCUCCCCAGUGCUUUAGCUUUAGAACUUAUAUUCUUUUAAGACAACUUACCCACAUUAAGAGGUCACAUAAUGUGAAUUUGGAAAGUUUGAAAUCCAUAAAUCCUAUCCUGUUCACAUCUUUUUGUUCUUUGUGCAUCUAUACACAUUUUGAAUACAUUCUGAAUUGACUCUUGUGUUUCUAAAAAUCAUGCAACUAAAGUCCUGGAUCUAAUACUGAUUAUUUAUUAUUUACUUACAAUCUGCAAAAGCUUUGGCUUCUAUUAAAUACAGCCUUCUGUUUCAAGAUCUGGUUUAACAAUUUCAGUUUUCAAGUUUUGUUCUUCAAUAAAAGCAGGUACCUUCCUCCUUGGUGGCCUGCUUUAAUAUCUGUAGUUUUUUUUAUCAUGUCCUGUAAUUACAGUGUUGAAUGUUUGAGAGGAAUUGUCUAUACUAAUAAGUGGCAUUUUCUGGAGGUAAAGUGGGCACUCAACUGAAGGUAGAGCUCCUCAUCAGGGUCAUUAUUUUCUUAAUCAGUAUCUGCACUGCUAGCAAUGUGAAGCACUAAAUACUACCAAGUACUGGUGUUUGCAGGUCUAAUGAUCUUAAGGAUAUAGUUUGAAAGAUUCUGAAAUACUACAAUUAGCUGAAGUCCAUCUGGAUUGGAAUCAUUAUUUCCAAGGGCACACCAGAGGAGGUUGUAACAAAGCAGGAUCAGGCAUGUAUGUGUGUGUGAUGAGUCCCAUCAAGAUCUUCUUAAAGAGAAAGGCUUUGGUUUCAAAUGAAAAUUGUAAUUCUUCAUAUUCUUGGUACAGUGCAGUGUGAAUAUUAAUGCCUUUGAAAUAUUAUUACCCU